CCUUGUCAUUUUCAUUUUUUAGGGACUUGCAAAUUUUUAUUUGUACAAUCUGUAAAUUCAGACUGCUGAUCGAAAUAAAUAUAUUCAUAUUUGAAUAACAAAUCCAGCAACAUGUUUGGAAGACAAACACUAUCUAGCAAUAGCAAUAGCAGCAAUCUGGUGGAGUUCCGUGCCGGGCGCAUGAACUUGGUGGGCAAGAUGGUGCAUCCAGAUUCGCGUAAGGGUCUGGUCUACAUGACCCAGAGCGAUGAUGGCCUAAUGCACUUCUGCUGGAAGGAUCGCACCAGUGGCAAGGUGGAGGACGAUUUGAUUGUUUUUCCCGAUGACUUUGAGUUCAAACGCGUGGAUCAAUGCAAAACUGGUAGAGUUUUUGUGCUGAAAUUCAAGUCAUCGACUCGUCGCAUGUUCUUCUGGAUGCAAGAGCCGAAAACUGAGAAAGACGAGGAGCACUGCCGUCGCAUCAACGAAUUGUUGAACAAUCCACCAUCGGCCCAUCAGAGGGGUGGAGGCGGUAGCAACGAUAGCACCGAUUUGCAGUACAUGCUCAACAAUAUGUCGCAACAGCAAUUGAUGCAGCUCUUCGGCGGCGUUGGACAAAUGGGUGGACUUAGCUCAUUGCUGGGUCAAAUGAACUCUCGCACUCCAUCGUCACGGAAUACCUCCUCAUCGGGUGGUGGUGGCGGCGGUGGCAGCAGUUCGGCUUUGCAGACUCCUGAAAAUGUCACCGUGCAACGGACGCCAUCCGCCCCCAAGGGCAACAAGUCGGGCAGCAGUCGCAUCCAAUUGAGUUCACAGGGUGAAGCCACAUCUGGUAGUGCCAGCUCAUCGCUAGAUAACAACGAUGCCGAUGCCUCGGCCACCGGUAAGAACACGUCCUCGUCCUCUGGAACGACUUCAACUGGAGCCUAUGCCAAUCCAUUCCAAGCCUAUUUAUCCAAUCUCUCCCCCGAACAUGGCGCAGGACGUUCUCUAAAUAUCGAUCUGUCCAGCGCUCUAUCCGGAGCGGAUGCCAUCAAUCAGCUUAUAUCGGAUCCCGAUUGCGUCAAGUCUCUGAUUGUCCAUCUGCCCGAAUCUGAGGAUGCCGAUGAGGAUCGCAAGCAGCAGAUCAAAGAUCACAUCUCCUCGCCUCAGUUCCAGCAGGCUCUGGCCCAUUUUUCAAGUGCCCUUCAAUCUGCACAAUUGGGACCGCUAAUCAAGCAAUUUGAAUUGUCCAAUGAUGCAGUCGCUGCCGCCUAUUCCGGCAAUCUGGAAGAUUUUGUACGUGCCCUAGAGAAGAGUCUGCCACCGGGCGCCACAAUGCCUGGUUCUAGUACCGAAUCCUCCGAUAAGAAACCCGAGGCAGCUGAAACUCCUGUCAAGGAAGAUGCCUCCGCCACCGAAAAGCAGGAGGAGAAGCAAAAGUAGACAAGAGCAUAACAGAUGAAAUGUAAACACCAUGUAAUCCCUUAAUCCUCCCUUAACAAUUUAAAUCAUUUUUAUUUUUUCCGGUUUACAAAUAAAUUUGCCAAGUUAACAGAAAA